AUGAAGAACGCCGCCGGUAUCCUCGCUUUCCUCCCCCUCGUCGCCGCCCACGGCUUCAUCAAGUCUCCCACCCCCCGCAUGCCCGGCGACGCCUACAAGGCCGCCUGCGGAGACCAGCCCUUCUACCAGCAGUCCUCCGACAUCAAUGGCAACGUCCAGGGCAUCAAGCAAGUCGUUGGCCAGGACUUCAAGGCCGCUGACUGCAACCUCUGGCUGUGCAAGGGUUUCCAGUUCGACGACAACAAGGACAAUGUCCAGAAGUACAGCCUCGGCGAGAAGAUCCCCUUUGAGAUCAACAUUGCUGCUCCCCACACUGGUUACGCCAAUGUUUCCGUUGUCAAGACUUCUUCUGAUACCAUGAUCGGCGAGCCUUUGAUCGAGUUUGAGAACUAUGCUGCCAACGCUGGUACUGCUUCCAACAACACUGCUUUCAGUGUUACUCUUCCCACCAGCCUUGGCGGUGACUGCACCAAGGCUGGUGAGUGUGUUCUCCAGUGGUUCUGGGACGCUCCCGAUAUCAACCAGACCUACGAGUCUUGCGUUGACUUUGUCGUCGGUGCUGGCUCCGGCUCUGCCCCUGCUCCUUCUUCCGGCUCCGGUGCCGAGAAGCCUGCUACCUCUACCCCUGCCGCUGAGCAGCCCGCUGCUACUUCCGCCGCCGCCGAGGCUGACGAUGAGGACUGUGACGAUGAGGAGGAGCCUGUUGCUUCCACCACCGCCGUCGCUGAGAAGCCCGCUGCCACCACUCUCCAGGCCGUCGCUAUCAGCUCCGCCGCCGACUCUGGUUCUGCCCAGCCCACCGCCGCCCCUGGAUCUGACGACGAUGAGGACUGUGAUGAUGAGGAGCCCAUCGCUGAUGAGGAUGAGGACUGUGAUGAGGAGGAUGACCAGAAUGCUGGUGAUGACGACGAGGAGUGCCCUGCCGAUGACUACUAA